AUGUUGUCACUUGGUAUUUAUAUUAUUGGAUCUUUAGUAGUUAUAGUUAUUUUACAUUAUUGGAGGAACCUUAAAAGCAAUGGAAAACUCCCACCAGGUUCAAUGGGUUGGCCAUUACUUGGUGAGACUAUUCCAUUCUUUGCACCAAAUACAUCAUUGGAUAUUUCUCCUUUUGUGAAGGAGAGGAUGCAAAGGUAUGGACCGAUAUUUCGGACUAGCUUGGUGGGACAUCCAAUCAUAGUAUCCACAGACCCUGAUUUUAAUUACUUCAUCUUCCAACAAGAGGGAAAAUUGUUUCAAAGUUGGUAUCCACAUACUUUUGCUGAGAUUAUGGGAAGGCAAAAUGUUGGAUCUUUUCAUGGUUUUAUGUACAAAUACUUAAAAAAUAUGGUGCUAAAUCUUUUUGGCCCUGAAAGUUUGAGAAAAAUGCUGCCUGAAGUUGAAAAAACUACAAAUAAUAACUUGAAGAGAUGGUCAAAACAAAAGAGUGUUGAGAUGAAGGAAGCAACAGCCAAGAUGAUAUUUGAUAUAACUGGAAAGAAACUUAUAAGCUAUGAUUCUGAAAAUUCUACAGAGAAUGUGUGUGAAAAUUUUGUAGCCUUUGUAAAGGGAUUAAUUUCUUUCCCUAUAUAUUUUCCUGGAACUGCCUAUUAUAAGUGCUUACAGGGAAGAAAGAAGACAAUGAAGAUGCUCAAGAGAAUGUUAGAGGAAAGGAAAUCACAACCAAGAAAGGAACAAAGUGACUUUUUUGAUUAUGUAUUAGAAGAACUUCAAAGUAAAGACACAAUACUCACUGAGGCAAUAGCUUUGGAUUUGAUGUUUGUGUUGCUCUUUGUUAGCUUUGAGACAACCUCUUGGGCUAUAACUUUGGCUAUUAAAUUUCUUCAUCAACAUCCUCAAGCUUUGAAAGAAUUAAAAGAGGAACAUGAGGCAAUAAUAAGAAGAAGGGAAAAUGCAUCUUAUGGACUUACAUGGCAAGAAUAUAAAUCAAUGAAGUUCACAUUUCAGUUUAUCAAUGAAACAGUAAGACUAGCAAAUAUUGCUCCUGCAAUUUUCAGGAAAACACUCAAAGAAAUCAAUUUCAAAGUCUUUAUAUUUAAAAAAAUCAUUUGUGAUGCAGGAUAUACUAUUCCAGCUGGUUGGGCAAUUAUGGUGUAUUCUCAAGCUGUGCACUUAAAUCCUACCAAAUAUGAAGAUCCACUUCAAUUCAAUCCAUGGAGAUGGAAGGGAAUAGAGCUAAAUGGAGCAACUAGAAAUUUUAUGGCAUUUGGUGGUGGCAUAAGAUAUUGUAUUGGAGCAGACUUUGCUAAGGUGCAAAUGGCUGUGUUUCUCCAUUGCUUUGUCACUAAGUACAAGUGGGAAACAAUCAAAGGAGGAGAUAUAGUACGAUCUCCAGGCUUACAAUUUCCAAAUGGUUACCAUAUAAAAAUCUAUGAAAAAUAUGACUAAGGUA